GAAGAGGGGAUUCCUCCUGUGGUGCCUCCCCCCGGGAUGCUCGAAAACACACAGGAUUAAACGGUAAUCCCUCCAUGUGCAUGCGCAACCCAAAGUGCGUGAGUGCUGCGAGGAACGUUUCUCUGUUAAUGCAAACUAGGAUCUGUCUUUCAUUCUCAAAAACCUUCUCUUCAAUAAGUGGCAGUGAGGAUUUAACGAGAUACUCAUGAGCCACCUCUUCCUCCUCUCAUCACACUCACCUGGAGGGAGACUGAAUCAAAACCCUGCCUGGCUGCUUUUUGACUCAGACUGUUUACAUUUAAUCAGAGCUUGAUCUCCUCAUUAAGGAUGUAUAGGUGAACAUGAUAUAUCCUCUCCUGACUGGAUACACAUCAGUACUAACUCAUGGACAAAGGCAAAGGCUCGGAUGAGGUGUCAGCUUGUGUAUCACAUGAUGUCUAAAUGUGAGCUGAUCGAGCUGAAGGAUCUCAGUGUAAAUGAUUCCAUCGAGCUGGCUGCUCCUGCAGCCUGCAAAGCCCCAUUGCCUGUAAACCAGGCUCAGAUGAGUCACUUCCACGUUGUCCGUCUGGUGGGAGACAGUGUCAGCAUUGAGGUCCCUUGUUGUUCCAAAGGAAAGGCAGGAGUGGGUCAUGACUUCCAGCCUGACAGUUACACCCAUCUCACCUGGUGCGAUCUGUGUGGAGAAUUCAUCUGGGGGCUUUAUAGGCAAAGUGUGCGCUGCACCUAUUGCAGUUAUACUUGUCACUACCGCUGCCGGCCAUUCAUCCAGCUGGACUGCAGCGCUAAUGCAAGUUUGUUAGCUGACCAGGAAGAUUUCUCUGUGGACUCCAUUGAGACUGACACGAAUGUGGAUGAACAGAUCGAUUGGGCUAAACAGGAGUUGUCUGUUAGUGAGAUUCAACACAAAGUUAAGGAAUACAAUGCACAGAUCAACAGCAACCUCUAUAUGGUGGUUAAUAAAGAUGGGUCUUUCACUGGUUUCAUCAAGGUCCACUUUCAGUUAGUCCGACCCAUUUCCCUUCCUCCACCUCAGAGCCCAGGCUCAGCACAGGAGCAAGAUCAUAGUAACGGACGGUUGAAAAGGCGGACUUCUUUCUACCUCCCCAAAGACACUGCCAAGCACCUGCAUAUAAGCUCCCGGACAUGUGUGCGAGAAGUCAUUGAGGCAUUGCUCAACAAGUUCACCGUAGUGGACAACCCUGCUAAGUUUGCCCUUUUUGAACGCACCGAGAGACAAAGUCAAGUGUACAUGCGCAAACUGUCUGAUGAAGAGUGCCCCCUCAACCUGCGCCUGUGUGCUGGCCCCAGUGAAAAAGUUUUGAGUCUGGUUUUGAAAGAGAAUGAGACAGGAGAAGUAAAUUGGGAUGCAUUUAGUUUUCCAGAGCUGUGUAACUUUCUGCGGAUCCUGAAGCGUGAAGAAGAGGAUUAUGUGCGGCAGAUUGUGAAGCGCUACGCUCUAGCUAGAGAAAUGAUGAAGAGGACCAUGACAAAGAUUAGUACUCCUGUUUAACUUUUAGCCAUUUAACUGGUUUUCAUGUACAAGCAUGAGGAAGUGCAUUCAUAUAUUAUCAUUGAUCAGGGGUGCAAAAGGGAAGGAACAAGCUCUGACAGUGAAAUGUUUUUUAUGAGGCAGGGAUACUGCUGUUACAAGUAUUCUAAACUACCUAUAAGCUUAGGUUUUACUAAUUGUAUACAAGCAGAGCCACCUGUAUGAACUGAAUGGGACAGAAAAGAAGGAUUAUUUGGGAAACAAUUUGAUGCAUUUACUGUAUAUGUUCAGAAACAUGCUGCUUAUUUAGAAUAUUUAAAGAGGAAUUAUUAUGCUUUUUCAUAUUUUACAAACAAAUAUUAAGUUAAAGUGUUGGUUGUUAAUACUAUAUGUAACUAUAAGUUCCAAAUUGUGUGGUAAAUGUGUACUGCAUAAUCCCAGGAUGAGACCAUGGACUGCUCUUUACGGCCUGUUCAAAAAGUCACACAAGAAUUACACGAGUACACAAGAUAUGCUCAAUUUGUAAUCACUGAUUGCUGAAUAUCCUUAAAAGAGUAUAAAAAGGUAAAACUUACCAAA